AUGUUUUCUUUUCCUUUUUGUUCUCUUUCUUUUUAUCAUUGUUUCUUUCUUGGUCAAUCAAUCUGUGUUAGUUCAUUAUCUAUCUAUCUAUCUAUGAGUCUUAGUUUGUUCAUAUCUAAUGAUCUAUAUGUCUAUCUACUGAGUCUAUUGAUAUUUAUCUAUGUAUGUAUGCAUCUAUUUAUCUUAGCCUGUUCAUAUCUAUCUAUCUAUCUAUCUAUCUAUCUAUCUAUCUAUCUAUCUAUCACUUCUAUUGUAUCUAUCUAUCUAUCUAUCUAUCUAUCUAUCUAUCUAUCUAUCAAAUGCAUGAUAUACGUCUGUUCAUAUCUAUCUAUGUAUCUGUCUGUCUGUCUGUCUGUCUGCUCAUAUCUAUAUAUCGAUCUCUGUUCAUUAUCUAUCUAUCUAUGUCUUCACCGUAAUCCGGACGGGAUUAGCUUCCUUCAUCAUCCCGUCUUUUUCCUAUUUUUCCUAAAGUUUUUUUUUCGUUGCUCACAUGUGUUCCAUGGAUCCAAAGCAUUUUCUUUGCUCACAUGUUCAGCCCAAGUGUUUCUUUUGAUUGCUCACAUGUUCAGCCUUAGUCUUUUUUGUUUCCACAUGUUCAGCCUACAGUAUUUUUUUGUUGCUCACAUGUUCAGCCCAAAGUAUUAUUUUGUUGCUCACAUGUUCAGCCCACAGUUUUUUUUUCUUUGCUCACAUGUUCAGCAGUAUAAGUUUUCUUUUUUUGCUCACAUUUUUCUAUUAUUUUUUCUUUCGUUGCUCAUGUUCAGUCCAACAGUUUUAUUUCUUUGCUCACAUGUUCAGCCAAAAAAAGUUUUCUUUUGUUGCUCACAUGUUUCAAACCACAGUUUUCUUUUAUUGCUCACAUGUUCAGUCCACAGUUUUCUUCCUUCGUUGCUCACAUGUUCAGUAGAACAGUUUAUUUUCUUUUCUCAUGUUCAGCCUAAACCCAUAGUCUUCCUUUGUUGCUCACAUGUUCAGCCGAAAGUUUUCUUUCUUUGCUCACAUGUUCAGCCUAAACCACAGUUUUCUUUUUUUUGCUCACAUGUUCUUAAAACAGUUUUCUUUUCGUUGCUCACAUGUUCAGCCGACAGUUUUCUUUUUUUGCUCACAUGUUCAGCCCUAAAGUAUUAUUUUGUUGCUCACAUGUUCAGCCAAAUUAUUAUUUUUGUUCAGCCUGUAGUCCAAAAGCCCUCACAUGUUCAGCCUUAUCUUCCUUCAUUUGCUCACAUGUUCAGCCGACAGUUUUCUUUCUUUGCUCACAUGUUCAGCCCUAAAAAGUAUUAUUUUGUUGCUCACAUGUUCAGCCCAAAUUUAUUUUUGUUGCUCACAUGUUCAGCCCACAGUUUUUUUUUUUUGCUCACAUGUUCAAACCACAACAUUUCUUUUAUUGCUCGGUCCAUGUUUUUCCUCAGUCAUUUUUUUUUGCUCACAUCCCAAAGUGUUUUUGUUGCUCAUUUUCUUUCAUUGCUCACAUUUCAGUUUAGUUUUUUUGUUGCUCACAUGUUCAGACCUAGUUUUCUUUCUUUGCUCACAUGUUGUUCAGUCUUCCUUCGUUGCUCACAUGUUCUUCCCACCCUCAGCAUCCUUUUUAUUUGCUCACAUGUUCAGCCCACAGAGAAGUUUUUUGUUGCUCACAUGUUCAGCCCAAAGUUUCUUUCGUUGCUCACAUGUUCAGCCCAUAGUUUUUCUUUGUUGCUCACAUGUUCAGUCCUCUUUUUUAAUGUGAAGUAUUAUUUCUUUUUGCUCACAUGUUCAGACCUAAAAGUAUUAUUUUGUUGCUCCAUGUUCAGCCUAAAGUAUUAUUUUAUUUGCUCACAUGUUCAGCCCAAAUCUUCCUUUCGUUGCUCACAUGUUCAGCCGACAGUUUUCUUUCUUUGCUCACAUGUUCAGCCUAAAUUAUUUUUUGUUGCUCACAUGUUCAGCCUAAGUUUAUUAUUUUGUUGCUCACAUGUUCAGCCCAUAGUUUUAUUUGCUCACAUGUUCAACCAAAGUUUUCUUUUGUUGCUCACAUGUUCAGCCCAAAGUUUUCCUUCGUUGCUCCAUGUUCAGCCGAAAGUUUUCUUUUGUUGCUCACAUGUUCAGCCCAAAAGUGUCUCUUUUUUCUUUUAUUGCUCACAUGUUCAGCCCAUAGUCUUCCUUCGUUGCUCACAUGUUCAGCCGACAGUUUUCUUUCUUUGCUCACAUGUUCAGCCUAAACCCACAGUUUUCUUUUGUUGCUCAUGUUCAGACCACAGUUUUUUUCUUUUUUAUUGCUCACAUGUUCAGCCCAUAGUCUUCCUUCGUUGCUCACAUGUUCAGCCGACAGUUUUCUUUUUUUUGCUCACAUACCACAGUUUUCUUUUAUUGCUCACAUGUUCAGCCCAUAGUUUCCUUUCGUUGCUCACAUGUUCAGCCGACAGUUUUCUUUCUUUGCUCACAUGUUCAGCCAAGAAAGUUAUCUUUUUCUUUGCUCACAUGUUCAGCCUAAAGUAUUAUUUUGUUGCUCACAUGUUCAAGCCCAAAGUUUUAUUUUUGUUGCUCACAUGUUCAGCCCACAGUUUUCUUUUUUGUUGCUCACAUGUUCAGACCACACCUCAUAGUCUUCCUUUGUUGCUCACAUGUUCAGCCGACAGUUUUUUUUUUAUUUGCUCACAUGUUCAGCCUAAAGUAUUUUUUUGUUGCUCACAUGUUCAGCCUAAAGUAUUAUUUUGUUGCUCAUGUUCAGCCCACAUAUUUUUUCUUUUUUUUGCUCACAUGUUCAGACCAAAGUUUUCUUUUUAUUGCUCACAUGUUCAGCAAAAUAGUCUUCUUUCGUUGCUCACAUGUUCAGCCGACAGUUUUCUUUUUUGCUCACUCACAUGUUCAACCAAAGUAUUAUUUUGUUGCUCACAUGUUUCAGCCCUAAAGUUUUAUUUUGUUGCUCACAUGUUCAGCCCACAGUUUUCUUUUUGUUGCUCACAUGUUCAGCCUAAAAGUUUUCUUUUUAUUGCUCACAUGUUCAGCCCAUUAUUUUUUUGCUCACAUGUUCAGCCCACACCUAAAGUCUUCCUUUCGUUGCUCACAUGUUCAGCCGAAAGUUUUCUUUCUUUGCUCACAUGUUCAUUGUCCAAAAGUUUUAUUUUUUUUGCUGUAUGUUCAGCCCAAAGUUUAUUUUCUUUGCUCACAUGUUCAGCCAAGUUUUUCUUUUGUUGCUCACAUGUUCAGACCAAAGUUUUCUUUUAUUGCUCACAUUUCAGCCGACAGUCUUAUUUUUUUGCUCCAAUGUUCAGCCUAACAUUUUAUUUCUUUGCUCACAUGUUCAGCCUAAACAUCCUAGUCUUUCUUUUUUUCACAUGUUUGCCCGAAAGUUUAUUAUUUUUUUUUGCUCACAUGUUCGAAAAAAGUAUUAUUUUGUUGCUCACAUGUUAUUAUUUUAUUUGCUCACAUGUUCAGCCCAAAAUUUUUCUUUUUUUUGCUCACAUGUUCAGACCAAAAGUUUUCUUUUAUUGCUCAUAUGUUCAGCCCAUAGUCUUCCUUCAUGUUGCUCACAUGUUCAUAUGA